UCUUACAAGCACAUUCCUUACCAUAAGUUACUUUGCAUUUCUAUUUUAACCAGUGGAGGGCUUUCCUUGUCCCCAGUGGAAGCAUGAAUGAGAGUGUCAGAUUUCUUGAUUACUGGCGCUCACAGCAUGCUGACUAAAAGACAGUUUGAGCGUGGUGAUUGUCAGGGAAGGAAAAGGAGCAGAGCUGUGCUGAUCUGCAGGGAGAUACUUCCAGACUGGAGAGAAAAAAGCCCACGAGGAUGAGCAGGGUCACUUUCUUUGAGGUGGAGAUCCUGGAUCCGAAGACAAAGGAGCAGCUCUGUUUUCUGGACAAGGUAGAACCUAAUGCUACUAUUGGAGAAAUCAAGUGUAUGUUUCACAGAGCUUACCCUCAGUGGUAUCCAUCAAGACAAGCCCUUAAACUUGAUCCUAAGGGGAAAACAUUAAAAGAUGAUGAAAUUCUCCAGAAUCUCCCUGUAGGCACAACAGCAACCUUCUAUUUCAAAGACUUAGGUGCUCAGGUUGGCUGGACGAUGGUUUUCCUGUGUGAAUAUGCUGGCCCUCUCUUCAUAUACCUGCUCUUUUAUUUCCGGCCUCCAUAUAUCUAUCAACAUAGGCAUGCAUUCACCUCAAGCCCAUACCCAGUUGUAACCCUGGCGUGUGUGUGUCAUUCAUUUCAUUAUGUCAAGAGGCUCAUAGAAACAAUAUUUGUACAUCGAUUCUCCCAUGGGACAAUGCCUCUUCGGAGUAUCGUGAAGAACUGCAUUUAUUAUUGGGGAUUUGCUGCGUGGCUGGCUUAUUACAUCAACCAUCCUCUCUACACUCCACCCUCUUAUGGAAAUAAACAGGUCAACUAUGCACUGGCACUGUUUACACUCUGUGAACUUGGCAACUUUUCUAUACAUUUAGCUCUUAACAAUUUGAAAGGUGAUGGUUCAAAGACAAGAAAGAUUCCUUAUCCAACCAAAAACCCAUUCACUUGGCUUUUCUUCUUUGUAUCUUGUCCAAAUUACACCUAUGAGGCAGGAGCCUGGCUCGGCUUUACAAUUAUGACUCAAUGCCUUCCAGUUGCACUUUUCACACUUCUUGGCUUUAUUCAGAUGACCAUCUGGGCCAAAGGGAAGCACAACACCUACAUUAAAGAAUUUAAAGACUACCCUGACAUCAGGAUGCCUAUUAUUCCAUUUUUACUGUAACAACAGAAGAAGCUCUGGCUUAAAAGUAUAAAUAAAUGCCACCAAGUGUGACCUGUGUCUUCAAAAAGGCGACUCGUACAAGGCUUUCCAAAGUUAUAACACUGCUGCAUUGUGAAUAAAUAACGAACCAGAAAUGA